UCAGACAAGUCGAUGGUGGGAUUCCCUGGCCCAAGAGUUGUGGCUGUUUGUAAGGGUGAUGCCUGUCCCAUCCUAUCCUGUCAUAUCCUGUCCUUUCACGCCGUUGUCUGCCCUGCCGUGUGCGUGUGUACUUUGUACUGCAGGGAAUCCCCAUCAACUUCGAGCUUCCUCUCGGGUCGUGUUCAGCUCCCAGCCGAUUACCCAAAAGUUACGCCAUGGCCGCCGCCCAACUCUUGGGUGUGAAGGCUUUCGCUCCGGCCCACGGACCGUCGUCCACGUCGAACUAAUUAGUACGAAGGAGCCCGAGGCGUGAGGCGGACCUUGCCCUUUGUUGGAUCGGAUCCUUGGUUCAAUGGAUGGGCUGGCUGGCUUCGCUGG